AUGAACGAGGAAAGCAUAGCAGUGGCGGAGCUCGAAGGGGAGCUGCUGAGGGACUCCAGUUCCUUCCCCUACCUUGCCCUAGUGGCCUUCGAGGUGGGAGGAGUCCUGAGACUCCUCCUACUCCUGCUCCUCCUCCCGCUCGCCGCUGCGAUGCGCCGCUUCGUCUCGGAAGCCGCCGGCGAGAAGCUGAUGAUCUUCGCCGCGGUGGCGGGGGCGAACCUUGCGGACUUACAGUCGGCGGCGAGGGCGGUGCUUCCCAAAUUCUUCGCCGCCGAGCUCCGCUUGGACUCGUGGAAGCUCUUCAACGCCUGCGGGUGGCGGUGGGGGCAGCGCUGCCGCCGCUGCGUGGUGACGGCGAUCCCCAGGAUCAUGGCGGAGGUCUUCCUCAAGGACUACCUUGGGGCGGACAUGGUGAUAGGAACUGAGCUGGGGAGCUUCAUGGGCCGCGCCACAGGCUUCGUGCUGCCCCCAGGCGUGCUCGCCGGCGGCGACAAGGAGAAGCUCAUUCGCCGGUUCCUGGGCGACAGCUUCGUGAGACUCUCUCAGGUUAUGUUUCUUGAGAUCUUCUCUUCCUGGGCUUCGUCAAAUUCACGGAACCUCUCCGUUUGUUGACACUUGUUGUUGGAGAAUUUGGUCAACCGCCGAAAGUCCCGGCGAGGGUCUACAAUCAGCUCCAACCCCCCCUCCAACCCACCUAACCUUGUUCCCAACGAGACCCCUCUAUUGUCAGAUAGAAAAGCUACUGAAUAAAAUAAUGAUCAAAACCAGACACUGGCUGUGCAGGUGGGGAAAGCGUUAUCGCCGGAGGAGGAGGAGGGUGUUGCACCGGUAAGAUUUGAGAAGCUGCCAAAGCCGGUCGUGUUCCACGACGGGAGAUUGGUUCAGCAGCCCACGCCGAUGGUGGCGCUGCUCAUCGUCCUCUGGUUUCCCGUCGGAUUCGCUCUCGCCUUCCUCCGCGUCGCCGCCGGCACCCUCUUCCCCAUGCCGCUCCUCCACCACAUCUUCCGACUACUGGGGGUCCGGAUAACAGUCCACGGCCAGCCACCGCCGCCGUCGUCUCCGGCGAGCGGCGGCGGCUCCCUCUUCGUCUGCAACCACCGCACGCUCCUCGACCCGAUCUUCCUCUCCGCCGCCCUCCGCCGGCCCAUCGCCGCCGUCACCUUCUCCAUCUCUCGCCUAUCGGAGCUUCUCUCCCCCAUCAGGACCGUCCCCCUCUCUCGGAACCGCGCCACCGACGCCGCCAUGAUGAAGAAGCUCCUCCGAGAGGGGGACCUUGCCGUCUGUCCGGAGGGGACGACCUGCCGGGAGCCGUUCGUGCUGAGAUUCUCGUCUCUCUUCGCCGAGCUCGCCGGUGACAUCCUGCCGGUGGCGGUGGCGACCAGUCCCACCAUGUUCCACGGAACCACCGCGAGGGGGUGGAAGGGGAUGGAUCCCUUCUUCUUCUUCAUGAACCCUCGCCCCGCUUACGAGAUCACCUUCCUCGGCAAGCUCCCGCCGGAGAUGAGCUGCGCCGCCGGCAGCUCCGGCCAUGAGGUGGCCAACUACGUACAGAGGCUACUCGCUGCCGCUCUCUCGUACGAGUGCACCGCCCUCACCAGGAGGGAUAAAUACCGGGUCCUCGCCGGCAACGAUGGCGGAGCGGCGGCGAAGGACACCAGCAAAGCCGGAACGAUGGGCUAA